UCUCCCGCCCUCCGGUGCGGGCCGUGGCACAGUGCGCGGCGGCGGCGGCGACGCGGGAAGAUGGCGGCGGCCAUGGCGCGGGGUGGCGUGGCCGCGCUGCGGCGGAGCAGUUUGCUGACUGGCUGUAACUUCCUUGUGCACGGGAACCUGUGUGUUAGAACUGGAGCCCUGUGGAAGCAGCCACCUUCCAGGACGUUUUUCAGUGACAGGAAGAAGCUACAUACUGCUCCUGUAGGACCAAUCUUCCGCCUGCGCCCCUUCCAUCUUCUGGUAGCUACGGGGGGGGGAUAUGCAGGCUACAGAAAAUACGAGAAUUACAAGUUGGAACAGCUGGAGAAGAAGGGCAUAGAGGUGCCUGUGAAGCUUGCAAGGGAGUGGGAGGUUGCGCUCUACAAAUCGGUGCCAACUCGCCUGCUCUCACGAGCCUGGGGGCGCCUGAACCAGGUGGAGCUGCCCACCUGGCUGCGGAAGCCUGUCUACAGCCUCUACAUCUGGACCUUUGGAGUUAACAUGAAGGAGGCAGCUGUAGAGGAUCUGCACCACUACAGAAACCUCAGCGAGUUCUUCCGAAGGAAGCUGAAGCCACAGGCGCGGCCGGUCUGCUGCCUGCACAGUGUGAUUAGUCCCUCUGAUGGAAAGAUCCUGAACUUUGGACAGGUGAAAAACUGUGAAGUGGAGCAAGUGAAAGGGGUCACUUACUCUCUGGAGUCUUUCUUGGGCCCUCGCAUCUGCAGAGAGGAGCUGAGCUUCAGCCAGGCCCCAGCUGGCAACUCUUUUCAGCAGCAGCUAGUCACAAAGGAGGGCAAUGAGCUCUAUCACUGUGUCAUCUACCUUGCGCCAGGGGAUUAUCACUGCUUCCACUCGCCCACUGACUGGAGAGUGUCCCACCGACGCCACUUCCCAGGCUCUCUGAUGUCUGUGAACCCCGGGGUGGCUCGCUGGAUCAAGGAGCUGUUCUGCCACAACGAGCGGGUGGUGCUCACGGGGGACUGGAAGCAUGGCUUUUUCUCCUUGACAGCUGUAGGAGCCACAAACGUGGGCUCCAUCCGCAUCUACUUCGACCAGGACUUGCAUACCAACAGUCCUUCUUAUUCUAAAGGCUCCUACAACGACUUCAGCUUCAUAUCCAACAACAACAAGGAAGGAAUCCCCAUGAGGAAGGGAGAGCACUUGGGGGAAUUUAACCUAGGCUCUACGAUUGUACUCAUCUUUGAGGCACCCAAGGACUUCAAAUUCGACCUCAAAGCUGGGCAGAAAAUCCGUUUUGGAGAAGCACUGGGCUCUCUAUAGACAUUGUCUCAGCAGGGUUUUUUCUAUCCAAAAGGAUUCCUAUCACACCACUGAGUGUUCCCCUUAACGAGUAUGCAUCACUCAGCAGGACCUGGGUGAGGAAAACAGAAGAUGUGGUUAUUGUGUUAAACAUUUUUGGCCUACAUUUGCAUGCUGCUGCAUGCAGAAAGAAUUGAAUGAGGGACAGCUGCCUUUCAAGAGGUCACCUGUGGAGCUUUCUGUCUCACCCUGUGCCUGUAGUCUCUCAUGUUGUCCCCUCAAUGUGCCACAGGAUGUUCUCAGAACCUGUAAGUCCCUUUUAAGCCUUUCUAGGCUGUGCAGGUGCAAUGGAGAAGGGUGGAGAUAGAGAUUAGCUGUAUUUAAAGGGACAGUGACAGGCUGAGCCAGACUUUGUACUUUAUAUCUGCAGUCUCUGUUCUUCAGACCUUGAGUAAAGAAUGUGCUCUCAUAUUUAUUUAAUUUUAACAAGUUUUUAGCAGAAGGCAGCCUGUGACUGUGCACAGCCAGAGUUAAACUGGCUGACGUGGCUUCACAGUCUAGAGCAAAAUGCACAGGAACUUGCACUCAGCCAGCUUUUCUGUUAGCCAGCUCUGACACUGUCCCUUUAAAAAUUAACUUUGCACUGUAUUUUAAACCUGGAAUCACUGUGCCCACAUUCCAUCUCACAGAACCCCUCAGCUUUAGAGAGGUUUUGUAAAAAAGAAACAAAACCCCA